AUGCCCGAGAUCUUCCAAAAGUGCCCUUACCCCGAGAACAUCACGAUGAGCAACCUCGUGUACUUCUGGUGGGCGCCCACCCUCGUCUACCAGCCCGCCUACCCACGCACCGAGAAGAUUCGGUGGAUUUUCGUCGCCAAACGCUUGGGUGAGGUCUUUUGUCUGAGUGUCUUCAUCUGGUUUGCAAGCGCGCAGUAUGCUGCGCCCGUUCUUCUCAACUCGCUCGACAAGAUUGCCUCUCUUGACAUUACCAACAUUAUGGAGCGCCUCAUGAAGCUGUCGACCAUUUCCCUCGUCAUCUGGCUGGCCGGCUUCUUCGCCCUGUUCCAGUCGUUCCUCAACGCCCUCGCCGAGGUCAUGCGCUUCGGUGACAGGUCUUUCUACGACGACUGGUGGAACAGCCCCAGCCUCGGCACCUACUGGCGCACGUGGAACAAGCCCGUCUCGCAGUACUUCCGCCGCCACAUCUACUCGCCCAUGGUCGGGCGCGGGUGGAGCCCCUUUGUCGCGAGCGUCGCCGUCUUUUUUCUCUCGGCCGUGCUGCACGAGGUGCUCGUCGGCGUCCCGACCCACAACAUAAUUGAGCUAGGUGUCGCAUUCCUCGGCAUGUUGCUGCAGCUGCCGCUUAUCGCCAUCACGACGCCACUCGAGAAGAUGAAGACGCCGACGGGCCGUAUGAUUGGCAACUGCAUCUUUUGGAUAUCCUUCACCAUCCUGGGCCAGCCGUUUGCGGCACUCAUGUACUUUUACGCGUGGCAGGCCAAGUACGGGAGCGUGUCGCGGCAGAUGGCGCUCACGACGCCGGGGACAUUGUGAACAACGAGGGGACUCGACAAUCGCGACCAAAAUAUAGAUUUGAAUAGACAAGAGCAGGUGUUUGCUUGCCCAGAAGUG